UUAAUGGGUUUUAAUUAGUAUUCAAAACCCAAGUUUUAUCUCGGUUCUGUUUGCUUUGCGAUUUAAACCAAAUUAAUGACUGUAAGUUAUAUAUAUAUCUCUAUAUUAUAGAUAAGAAAAAGUGAGGCAACCGGUGAUAAACAGUACAUGCUUUCGUCCAACAGGUUAUUAUUAUAGAAAUGGUAAUUUUGUGGUUAUUUAAUUUAAAUUCGUACACUAGUCACUGACCGGUAACAUUCCAUUUAGUAGUGUAUUUUUAUGUGUAUAGUGUUUGAAUACUUAACGUUUUUUACACAAUGUCCGAGACAAAAAUCUUGUCAGGCACAGAAUUGGCCAAGGAAAUCAAGAUAUCCUUAAAAGAACAAACGGAUGCUUUAGCAACCAAGUUCAAUGGAUUCUGUCCACAAUUAAAAAUUAUUCAGGUAGGUGGUCGUGAUGAUUCUAAUGUUUACAUCCGAAUGAAAUUGAAAGCGGCUUCUGAAGUUGGUGUAAAUGCAUCCCAUGUAUCUUACCCCAAUACAAUAACACAAAAUGAGCUUUUGGCUGAAGUAAAUAAAUUUAAUGCCGAUCCAAAUGUUCAUGGUAUAAUUGUCCAAAUGCCUUUAGACUGUGUGGAAAAUAUUGAUUCACAUUUAAUUACGAAUGCAGUUUUACCGGAAAAAGAUGUUGAUGGUUUGAAUAUUAUAAAUGAAGGCAGAGUAGCUAUUGGUGAUUUGUCUGGCUUAAUUCCUUGUACUCCAAAUGGUGUUAUUCAAUUAAUAAAAAAGUGUGGCAUAGAAAUCGCAGGGUGUAAGGCAGUCGUGCUAGGACGUAGUAAAAUUGUUGGUGCCCCUGUUGCAAACUUAUUGUUAUGGCACAAUGCUACAGUUACAAUUUGCCAUUCUAAAACUAAAAAUAUUAGUUUAGAAGUAUCCAAGGCUGAUAUUUUAGUAGUAGCUAUUGGUAAGGCAGAAUUUGUACAAGGAUCAUGGAUCAAACCUGGUGCCGUAGUUAUUGACUGUGGAAUCAAUUCAAUACCUGACACCUCGAAGAAAUCUGGUUAUCGUUUGGUGGGAGAUGUCCACUACCCGUCAGCUUCUCAAGUGGCUGCUGCAAUAACUCCGGUUCCUGGCGGUGUUGGUCCUAUGACAGUAGCUAUGCUAUUGUCAAAUACUGUACAAGCUGCUACGAAAGUCAUUAAUUCAAUUUCUAAUAACCAAUGGAAUUUAAGUGAUCUCCCUCUAAAAUUAAAACGACCUGUGCCUAGUGAUAUUGAAAUUGCUAGAAACCAAGAACCUAAGGAUAUAAUGCAGUUGUCUAAAGAAGUAGGCUUACUUGAUUGUGAAGUAAGUUUGUAUGGUAGAAAAAAAGCCAAAAUCGAACUAUCUGCUUUUGAGCGUUUAAAUAAUAGGGGAAAUGGAAAAUAUAUCGUCGUUACUGGCAUUACUCCAACUUCUCUUGGUGAAGGAAAAAGCACUACAACGGUUGGACUUGUACAAGCGUUAGCAGCACAUUGUAGUAAAAAUACGAUAGCCUGUCUAAGGCAACCAUCUCAGGGUCCAACAUUUGGCAUCAAAGGUGGUGCAGCAGGAGGAGGAUAUUCUCAAGUGAUACCGAUGGAAGAUUUUAAUCUCCAUUUGACUGGUGAUAUACACGCCAUUACCGCAGCAAACAAUUUGAUGGCAGCACAAAUUGACGCUCGUAUGUUCCACGAAGCUACCCAAAAGGAUCAAGCUCUGUUUGACCGGCUCGUGCCUACAGUAAAUGGAACACGAGUGUUUACACCCAUACAAUUAAACAGACUUAAGAGACUUGGAAUUGAAAAGACUGACCCAACUUCAUUUUCAUCAGAAGAGAUCAAUAAAUUUGCAAGAUUGAAUAUUGAUCCAGAUACUAUAUCUUGGAAUAGAGUAAUCGAUACAAAUGAUCGUUUUCUCCGUAAAAUAACAAUUGGCCAGUCAGCAACUGAAAAGGACCGUACCAGGCAAACGUGUUUUGAUAUCACUGUGGCCAGUGAGCUAAUGGCUAUCCUGGCAUUAGCUAAGAACAUGAACGACCUAAAGAACAGGCUAGCCAAUAUUGUUGUAGCUCAAGACACAAAUGGUAAUAACGUCACUGCUGAUGAUUUGGGUAUGACUGGUGCAAUGGCUGUGUUACUGAAAGACGCUGUUAAUCCAACCCUAAUGCAGACACUUGAAGGAACACCUGUAUUAGUGCACGCUGGUCCUUUUGCCAAUAUUGCACAUGGAGCCUCUUCUAUUUUGGCCGAUUUAUUGGCUUCAAAAUUAGUAGGCCCUAAUGGUUAUGUAGUGACUGAAGCAGGGUUUGGAUCAGAUAUUGGAAUGGAAAAAUUUUUCAACAUUAAAUGCAGAUAUUCUGGUCUAAUACCAAAUGCAAUAGUGUUGGUGUGCACAGUUCGAGCUUUAAGAAUGCACGGCGGAGCUGCUGUUAGUAUUGGAAAAUCAGUGACCAUCGAAGAAAGAGAAGAAGCAUUACGUAAAGGGGUGGCCAAUUUGCAAAAGCACAUUAGUAACGGUGUUAAGUAUGGUGUCCCUAUAGUAGUAGCAAUAAAUGCUAUGAAAACAGACACAGAAAACGAAUGGAAAAUUAUUAAAGAUGCCAGUCUUCAGGCAGGUGCAGUAGAUGCUAUUUUAAGUACUCAUUGGGAAGACGGUGGAUCAGGAGCUGUAAAAUUAGCCCGAACCGUUAUCGAUGCUUGUCAACAGCCAUCACAAUUCAAGUUUUUAUAUCAAUUAAAUAUGCCAUUACAACGCAAGAUAGAAACAAUUGCCACAGAAAUGUAUGGUGCCAAAGCUGUAGAAUUUUCUGAGAAAAUUCUAAACAAAUUAAACAUUUAUGAAUCCAAGGGUUACGGUAAUUUACCAGUGUGCAUGGCUAAGACAGCUUUAUCGUUGAGCGGUGAUCCCAGUAUCAAAGGUGUUCCCGUAGAUUUCACUUUACCUAUAAUGGAUGUUUAUGUGUCUGCAGGAGCUGGAUUUGUUGUUGCUAUAGCCGGAGAAAUCACUAAAAUGCCUGGUCUGCCAACACGUCCGAGCAUCUACGAUAUUGACUUGAAUACUGAAACCGGAGAAAUAAUUGGUUUGUUUUAGGUGAUGUUUACUAUCAGCAUUGUUAAUUAUAUCACUUAUUAAUUGCACUUGUUAUUAUUCAUAAUUCAUAAAUUUUGUUAGUAUUGUUUUUUUAUUAGCUAUAAAAAAAAAAAAAAUUAAAAAACAAACAGAUAUUUGGAAAAUUAUUUCAUUGUAUAUAAAAUUCAUUAAUGUAGUUUUUUCAUACAUCCCAGUUUUUGAGGUGAUCAAUUGUCAAUUGUAUAAUAGUUAAUAUUAUCUGACACUUUUAUUAUAGUUUUAUAUUUUG